AGAGCGUAAGACUAGUCGUUGGUGAUUUAUAUAGAAGGGCACGAUGACUGGCCGUUGAGUCCUGUUUUCCCAGAAAACAAACACGGAGAGAUUUAACUCGAACACUUUCCUCUCUCUCUCUAGAAUUAUUUUCUCUCUCUGCUUUUACAACCAUGGAUGAUCCGUCUAAGGAAGAGGGACCACGAGUACUGAAAGUCCUCGAAGCUCUCAAACAAGCUUCCCACGAACUACAAGCCCAUCCCAGACAGGAUUUCGAUGAACCCAACUCGUCCGCCAUUAAAGCUCUGCUCGAGCUCGAGACCGAGUCGGACACGAUCCUAUCUAAAGACCCAAAUCUGUCUAUCCUCUCCCAACACCUUACCAGCCUCAAAAACCUCGUCGAGACCUUCCAGAAAUGCCGAGGCCACCUCAGCAUCCGUUCCUUCCUGACCCGCCGAGUCUCGACCCACUCCAUAUCUCGGGUUGCGGGGUCGAUCGAGAACGAGAUUCAGGCGUGGAUCGAUCGAGAGAGCGUCGAGAAUCUGACUUGGGUUCUGCGAGAACCCGGGAACAACAAGGAAGAAGAGACGGUGAGGCUGUUGACGCAGUUCGAAGACCGACUCGCCGAAGGGUUCAAUCGGGAAUUGCAAGAUCUGAUACUGAAAUCCAAGGUGUUCUCGCUGCUGGAAUCUACUCUCUGCGACCCCGAUUCGUCGAAAAGGAUUCGAGAACACUCUGCGUUCGCAAUCGGGGCAUUGAUUCGGUUCAACAAGGACGUUUUCGUGGGUCAGGUGCUGAUGGGUCCGACAACUCGAGCUCUGAUAACAAUGGCUUCCCCGCAUUCGAUCAAAGUCCUCUGUUUCCUGAUCAGGUCGAUCAAAUCCCCUCUCGUCGAUGUGAUCGAGUCAAACGGAGAAAUACCCAGAAUCAUAGCUUUCUUGAAUUGCCAAGACGUACAGGUACGGGUCAUGGCCAUGGACUGCAUUCUGGAAAUAGGUUAUUUCGGGAGGAAGGAAGCCAUUGAUGCGAUGCUGGAGGAGGGUUUGAUAAAGAAGCUCGUGGAAUUGCAGAGAUCGGAAUUGGGUGGGGAUUUGAUCGAAUUAGGUCGGUAUAGUAGUAAGAAUGAGAAUGAAAAGGAAAACAGAGAAGUUUCUGCUGAUGGGGUUGAGCUGGGGAAGAAGAGAAGAGAAAGCAGGGAAAGGAGGUUCUUGGAGAGCCAUCCGUUUGCGAGCUGUGUAGCGAGAUUCGCAGUGCAAUUGGAGGUUGGAGAAGGAUUGAGGCAAAGAGAGAGAAGGGCUUUCAAGCAGCAGAUAGUGGUCAGAGUAAGAGAAGCCUCUGCUUCUGAUGCUGAAGCUGCUACCAUCGUUGCUGAGGUUUUGUGGGGUGCUUCACCUUGAAGAUUGUG